UCCCUCCCUUGCUCAAAGUGCAAAGCAACCUUUGCUUUACCUGUCAGUAGUAAUCCAUACUGAAGUGAUGUGCGCUGAUCCAAAAAUAUUUGCUUCUUAGUCAGACAAGUGGGAGCCUUUUGAGCUGUUUUUUUUUACUCUUUGAAGCAUGGACAGUCAGGGGAGGAGAGUGGUGGUCUGUGACAAUGGGACAGGGUUUGUCAAAUGUGGCUUUGCUGGGGCCAACUUCCCUGAGCACAUCUUCCCUGCCUUGGUGGGUCGACCAAUCAUACGAUCGAAUACAAAAGUUGGAAACAUUGAGAUCAAGGACCUGAUGGUGGGGGAAGAGGCCAGUGACUGUCGCUCCAUGCUGGAGGUUUCUUACCCCAUGGACAACGGAAUUGUACGUUGCUGGGAAGACAUGCUGCACCUGUGGGAUCACACCUUUGGCCCAGACCGUCUAGACAUAAACCCAUCAGAAUCCAAGAUCCUGCUAACUGAGCCCCCCAUGAACCCUACCAAAAACCGGGAAAAAAUUGCUGAGGUCAUGUUUGAGACUUACCAGUUCUAUGGCAUCUAUGUGGCAAUACAGGCUGUGCUCACUCUGUAUGCCCAGGGUUUGCUUACCGGUGUGGUCAUCGAUUCAGGAGACGGUGUCACACACAUCUGCCCAGUGUAUGAGGGCUUUUCCUUACCCCACCUGACCCGUAGGCUGGACAUUGCAGGGCGUGACAUCACACGCUAUCUUAUCAAGCUGCUGCUUCUCCGCGGCUACGCCUUCAAUCACUCAGCCGACUUUGAGACUGUGAGGAUGAUGAAGGAGAAGCUCUGUUAUGUGGGAUACAACAUUGAACAGGAGCAGCGACUGGCUACAGAGACCACCUUCCUGAUGGAGUCCUACACACUUCCCGAUGGUCGUCAGGUGAAUGUUGGAGGAGAAAGAUUUGGAGCCCCUGAAGCUCUUUUCCAGCCUCACCUCAUCAACGUGGAAGGAGCAGGAGUGGCUGAGCUGGUUUUCAACACCAUCCAGGCUGCAGACAUUGAUCUCAGGGCUGACUUCUACAAGCACAUUGUUCUGUCUGGAGGGACCACCAUGUACCCCGGCCUUCCUUCCAGGCUAGAAAGAGAGAUCAAGCAGCUCUAUCUGGAGAGGGUUCUUAAUGGAGACACUGCCAAACUAUCUAGGUUUAAGAUCCGCAUCGAGGACCCUCCCCGACGUAAGCACAUGGUGUUUCUUGGUGGCGCUGUGCUGGCAAACAUAAUGAAAGACAAAGACACUUUCUGGCUGAGCAGAGAGGAGUACCAGGAGAAAGGCCUGGGGGUGCUGAAGAAGCUGGGAGGGGGAAUCAGAUGAAUUAAAAAAAACAACCUACAAUAACAAAACGACAAAUUUUUGAACAAAAUGUUAUAAAUGCCUCUAACUUUGUCUUUGCUCUGCACCUUGUUUUAGCUUUUUAGUGAUUAUUUCCUAUUCUGCAUUCUUGGAAAAUAGUAAAAGCUUAUUGAAAAGAUUCAUAA